AUGGAGGGAGCUGCCAACAGCCUUGACUAUAUUCUCGACACUUUACCAGCUGGGCACCAUCUGCAACCCUACCUUUCACUUCUCAAAUUUGAUGGAAAACUAUUGGUAGUUGGAGCUGCUCCAGAGCCACUGCAAUUUGAAGCGGUUGAUGUGAUUCUGGGUAUGCAGCGGAAGAAGACGAUUACGGGGAGUUUCAUUGGAAGCAUGGAGGAGACACAGGAAAUACUAAAUUUUUGGGCGGAGAAGGGGUUGCCGUCAAUGAUAGAAGUAAUAAAGAUGGACAAUGUGAACAGUGCAUUUGAGAGGAUGGAACAGAACGACGUGAGGUCCAGGUUUGUGCUGGAUGUGGCCAGUAGCAACCUAGAGUGA